UUUAGGGUCAGUCAUCAAUUGGUACCCUUUAGUGUUUUGGAUGUUUUCAUGACGACCGGUUUAGACAUAGGUGGCUUAGAAGUUCCAUUUGAUGAAUGUAUAGUUGGUUUGGUAGGACAAAUGUUUAAUUCAAAUAGCACAACUUUAUUAGAUGUGGUUGAGAAGUUUAAUGUGAUUGUAUUGGACGACAACAUUGAGGUUGAUGUUGUGUGUAGGCUGUAUAUAUUUGUUUGUUUGGUUGUUUUUUUCUUUCCUAGGAAGUCGAAGGUUAUUGCUAACAUGCCUUCAAAAGUGUUAGACGACAUAGAUAGUUUAUGUUUAUACGAUUGGGCGAGUGGUGUUCAUAAAUACCUUGUAGAUAACUUGAAUAAAUGUAUGAAAAAGAUAAUGUCCGGAAAGAUCGCCAGCGCAGUCGGUCUUAGUGGGAAUGUGGCUGUUUUGCAGGCUUGGGCUGUUGAGAGGCUUUCUUUGGACGGUAAUCCAAGUCAUAGGAGGUUUCCUCGCAUGUUGCGUUGGUUCUCCUAUAAAACAAGAUAUUAUGAAAAAAUUGAAGAAUUGUUUAUGACUGGAGAUGUUAACUUGGAGUGGUAUAUUCGGCUUCGUGAUCGUCAAAUGCCUGAAAUUAUUGCGGCUUUUGAUAUGUUUGAAGGAGGAACAGAUUUAGGAACACAACCGAAANGAGCGAGACCUGACGAGUUAGAUGACGAUACCUCGGAUGACGGGACGUUUGAAGCAAAUUUGGAUGAGAGAUUGAAGAAAAAUACUAAAGAAUUGAUAGCCUUGAAUUCAAGGCUUGCUUCUUUGACGAAGGAGUUAUUUGAAAUACGUCAAAGGCAAAAUUUUAAGGAAGAUGUUUGUAAUGAAGAAUUUGUUGGUGGAUGUGAUGAAGAAGCAGUGGGUGGAGUUCCUGAAGAAGUCUUUGAUGAAGAAGUUGUUGGUGGAGGUGAUGAAGAACGAAUGGGUGGAGUUGCCGAAGAAGUCUUAAAUGAAGAAGGGGUUGUUGGAGGUAAUGAUGAAGUUUUUGGUGGCAGAUUGCAAGGAGACCUCACAUCUGCCUUCGAUGAAGAAGUUGUACGGGAUGUAGGAGGUGGAAAUCAUGUUCUUGACCUUAUUGAAAUUAAUGAUGAUAGAGAAGCGGAGGCACCAAAAGCAUUGGUUGUCGCCCCUCUACGCAGUAUUGUUGGUGAUCCUAGGUCUACCAUCAAUAUUGACCAACUGUACGUCGCUGUCAGCGUUAGAGAUAGAGCGUAUAGGAUCGUCUGUGAGAUAAUUGGGCAGACACUGAGCACAACAUCUAUUAAUACCUUAGGUCCUUAUAAAUACGUUGAUAACAUGGUAAGUAUUUUUUUGGAUUAGUUGAUUUAU